AUGGCUUCUAACUACAGUGCUAAUCAGUAUAACAAUAGUUUUAAACCAAGAUAUCUUCAGAACUGGUGCUUGGCCAAAGAAGCCACAAAGCUCCCUGAAGCCCAUGAAGGCUAUACUCAGAUCAUUGCUAAUGAUCGUGGUCACCUGCUACCUUCUGUUCCCCGUUCCAAGACCAGCCCGUGGGGCACUUUUAUGAGUACCUGGCAAAUGCCUCUGCAGAUACCGCCAGCUCGGGUGACCUUGACUACCCGUUCUGCUACCGCUGCCAACAGACUCAUCAGCUGGGUGCAGAAAAACCCUGAUUUGCUCGAAGCCUCCAAUGGACUUCGUCCGGACAUUCAGGGCCAUCCCCACGUUCCAGCACCACUUAGAAAGAGUGAGAAGAUAAAGAUCCCAAGGAAGACUCCUCCUCCAAAGGCUGUACAAGAGAUUCCACAAUCCCCUCAAGGCUCAAAUUCUCCACCCUCAAGAGGCCUUCCCGCUGCUGCUUCCCCAGCCCCACUUCCACUCCAAAAUCAAAUCCACUCGAGAAGUAACUCUUGUUCCAGUUCUUCAAAAAAUUCUCCCAAUAGUCCCAUGAGUCCAGAGGCCUGUCCUAGUUAUUGUAUUGAGCCUGUGGGCCAGGAAAUCCAAGACAGAAAUAUGGAAAGUGAUGAACUCCAACAGUAG